AUGCCGCCGCCCCUGGAGGACCUUGAAUCUGACGGUGAGGAUCUCGGCGAUAUCCCACACGGUGGUCCCGAGACCGAGCAGGAAGACUCGGAAGAGGAUGGCGAGGAGGAGGAAGGACUAUAUGUCGUUGAAGAUAUCCUGGAUCACAGAUUUGUCAAAGGCGAGCUUGAACUAUUGGUGAAGUGGAAAGGAUACGAGGAACCCGAGGAUCAAACAUUCGAGCCAGAGGAGGGCCUUUUAGAGGGAGCCCACGAUAUCGUCGCCGAGUACUACAAGAGGAUCGGUGGCCGCCCCCGGCCACCUCCCAAGCCGGCCAAGGGCCCAGGACGCAAGCGCAAAUCCAUGACCGAUCCAAAGCCCGCCCCGUCACUGGAAUCACCACUCUCGCCAAUCAAGCGGCGCAAGCCAUCCCCCAAGGAGGAGGCAGAGGAGGCAGCCAAGAAAGAGAAGGGCAGUGAGGAGGUCGGCUUGAACUGGGUGUCCAAAGCCAAAAACUGGGAGAACCAAGUCGACUCCGUGGAUACCAUUGUGCGCGACCCGGAUACCGACACUCUCUUUGCUUUCCUCAAAUGGACCAAUGGCAAGCAGACGAAGGUCUCCAUCCAAAGUUGCUACGAGAACUGUCCGCAGAAGAUGCUCAAGUUUUAUGAAUCACAUCUUGUUUUCAAGGACGAGAACAAGGACGAGAACAACGAUGAAAUGAAUGGAAACACGGUUACGAAUGCGAAUGCGAUGGAUACUUGA